AUGCUAGCAGCUGCUCAGAUUCGUCCCAUCGUUCACUCCUGUCACAGGAUUCGCCCAUUCAGUUUAACUUCCCCAUCAAAAACCACAUCUUUGCACCUAGGUCACCUCGCCAGAAAACUCGAUUUUCUCGAACGAGCCAAGGUUCACGGCCUCCCCUCUCCUCUCCGAAAGCCCUCACCCGUUGCUGCUGCCCUAAACACCAGCGAUGGCCACCCGAGCACCUCCUCCAUCGCCGAAGAACACCCACCGAACGAACCAAACGACAGACCAAACGCACUCCUCUCAAACUGGGCCCCACCCAGGUACCUCUGGCGGGCCCUUUCCAUCCUCAUCCUCGCUGGCCAAGUCGUCACUCGAUCCCUCAACGGCAAAAUCCACUUGAAAAACACCUUCCAACAGCUAGCACGCGUGGGCCCGAGAUCUGUUGGUGUCUGCCUCUUAACCUCCGCCUUUGUUGGCAUGGCUUUUACAAUCCAAUUCGUGCGCGAGUUCACUCGACUCGGCCUCAACCGGUCUGUAGGCGGCGUUUUGGCCCUUGCCUUCUCUCGAGAGCUAAGCCCGGUUGUCACGUCUAUUGUGGUCGCGGGCCGGAUUGGGAGCGCCUUUGCGGCAGAGCUUGGGACGAUGCAAGUUUCCGAGCAGACGGACACGUUGAGGGUUUUGGGUUCGGACCCUGUGGACUAUCUGGUGACUCCACGGGUUUUAGCCUCGUGUGUGGCUCUCCCGAUUUUGACACUGAUGUGUUUCGUAGUGGGUAUGGUGUCGAGCGGGCUGCUGGCGGAUGGGGUUUAUGGGGUGAGCAUUAAUAUAAUCUUUAAUUCGGCUAGACGGGCUUUGAGGUCGUGGGACAUUAUAAGCUCCAUGAUAAAGUCGGGGGUUUUCGGUGGGAUUAUAUCGGUCGUGAGCUGCGCGUGGGGGGUGACGACUAUGGGUGGGGCGAAAGGUGUGGGGGAGUCUACUACUUCGGCUGUGGUGGUCUCGUUGGUCGGGAUUUUCAUUGCGGAUUUCGCGCUCUCGUGCUGUUUUUUCCAGGGUGCUGGGGAUUCUUUGAAGAAUUGUAUGUGA